CAUCGCUUCUCGGCCUUUUGGCUAAGAUCAAGUGUAGUAUCUGUUCUUAUCAGUUUAAUAUCUGAUACGUCCUCGAUGAGAGGACUUUAUAUUAAACGGAUUUUUGGUCGCGGGAGUUGGACCCGGAGCUUGCUCCCUCCGCUCCGCGCAUCGUCCCGGUAUUGCAGUGCCUCCGGGAACGGUGCCCCUCCCAGCCGGGAGGAUCCUGCUGCUGGUCAAAGACAGAGCCGAGUGGCGCACAUGCACGACUGCCGAGAGUUCGGGCUCCACUGGCCGGAGCGCGGACGGGGAGCUGCCCCCGCGGAAGCUGCACCGGAGCCGCUCUGAGGACCUGCUGGGGGACCCCGCCAAGCCAGAGCUGCCGCCCCCCGGGGCCAUGGAGACCGUCACCCCCGAGACGGCUACGCUGGCCGACACCGACUCCCGGCCCAGUUCAGGCUUCUACGAGCUGGGCUCGCUGUCGGACUCAUGCCCCUCGGUGCGCAGCGAGGGCCCCGGCUCCCCGGCCCGCUCCCGCCCGCGCUCGGCUGACGAGGCCGCCGCGUGCCUCCUCCACCUGCGGCUGCGGUCCCUGGCGGGCGCCCGGCGCCCCGGCUCCACUGGUGACCUGGAGUUGGUCCGGAGCCUGGGGGACGCCUGCCCGCAGCGGCCACCCUACGAGCGCGACCUCGUGUCCCGCAGCACCAGCGAGAUCUACCGCUACCCCAGCCCCUUGCACGCCGUGGCCCUGCAGAGCCCCCUCUUCACUGGCCCGCCCCACCGGGAGCGGCCAGCCUCACCACCGGCCGCCCUGCCGGCCAGCGUGCCCCGGCGCGCCCCGGCGCUCUCGGCGGAGCAGUGCCGGGCCCGGCUGGACCGCUAUAUCUCUGCGCUGGUGCUGCAGCACAAGUGCCGCGCGGCCAGCGGCCGCCCCGAGCCCGGGCGCCUCUCGGGCCAGCAGAAGAGCCAGUCGCUCUCCUCUGUCUGCAGCUCCCCACCAGGCGUGGGGCCACUGGCGGGCUGGAAGAUCCGCAGGCGCAUCUCCACCUGCUCCUAUCUCCGCUCCGCAGAGUAUCCCGAGGGCGUGCGCGACCCCACCAGCCUGGAGCUGCCAGGCAGGUGCAGCUCUGCCGCCUCCUCCGUGGGCUCCGUCCAGUCCGGGGAGCUUGCAGCAGGCUCCCUCCCAGAGCCGCUCUUGCCGGAAGGGCCGGCCAGGGCGCUGGGGCUCCUGGCUCCCCCCCGGGGAGGGGACCACGCUGACCGGGAGAGGCUGUACUGCGGGAAGCACGCUUCCCGGGAGCUGGUGAAGGCGUCGGAGGGUGCGGAGAAGAGCUGGCUCGGUCCCCGGGGGCUCCUGCGCCGGAUCACCCUCCGCCGCCAGCCCCAUGAGCAGGGCGCCCGCUGCAGCUCCGAGGUGAACGUCUGCGUGGCAGCGCCAGGACCUGAGGCCCCCGGGCGGCACAAAUGGGCCUCGGUGCUGGAGAUCUCUGGCUGGUGGGAGGGCGCCAAGCCCUGCCCUGCCCGGCUCGGCUGCCACCUCGCCUUCUCCACGGACUCCUGCUUCCGCGGCGAGGUGGACGCCGGGCGCCAGCUCCCCGGCUGCGUCCUCCCACCCCGUGGUGCGGCCGUGCCGGGCCCUGCUGGCUUGCGGCUGCGCCGGGCCUGCUCCUUCAAGGAGCUGAAGCGGAUGGUGAGCCGCUCCUUCCGGCCCCUGGGGCUCCGAGGCGGUGGCGGCGCAAGGUGACGUUGCCCCUUGGGCUCCGCUCGUGGCACGGGCUGCCGUCCCGGCCUCCGCUCUCCUGCGCUGGGCGCCUCAUCCUCCGCACGUGGUGCUGGGGGUUCGAACGUCCCCGCAGUGGCGUGGGACGAGCCCGGGGAGCUGUCAGGCUCCACGGUGCCCCCGGCGGGUCCUGACCGCUCUCGGCGAGGCAAGCAUUAAACGCCGUGACAGGA